UUUUAAUAGUUUGCUGAACUAUGGAUCGUAGUAGCCGAAGGUCUCUAUAUUAUGUGAAUUAUGUGAAUAUGUAGAAAUUUAGUUCUUGGAAUUUUCUAGAACACAAGGAAAGGAAAAUUAGGAGUAACGUAUGGUACAAUGGGAGUGUUGGUGUAAAUUACAAACAGCUGAAUACCACACAAACAUUUCAAGAAAUGAAGAUCAUCAGAGAUGCCACGAAUUGGAAUCAAAACCUUAAGAAAGUAGGACGUCAGGGCAAUUGGUUUGAUUAUCCAGUCCGUUGAAGAUAAACACUAUAGCCAUGGCUUCGAAUGCUACCGACCCUCGAAUUCCGAGUGAUAUGGACAUUAUAAGCUUGCUCAAUCACAAGAAAGCUGUCCAGUUGAUCCCGGCUAUCACAUAUACGGUCAUUUUAAUGGUGAUUGGUUUAAUAGGGAAUCCCUUGGCUAUUUAUAUCUACGGCUGGCGCUGGCAGAAAACCACGACCAGGAAUUUCCUUCUUUGUUUAGCUGUGGUGGACUUGAUCAAUUGUUUAAUCACCAUGCCUACGGAAAUUGCAGUUAUGACUAAAUUUUACUUUUUUGACAACGGAAAUGUGUGUAAAAUGUCGCGUUUUACAACUUACGUCAUGAACAAUGCAACAUCGUUUAUCUUCGUUAUUGUUUCCGUUGAUAGGUACAUUCGUAUCUGUAAACCUCAUAACCAACCAAUCAGUCCACGUGGUGCAUUAAUUGGCUGUGGGAUCGCAGCCAUUAUCGGAAUUUCUGUCUCCUGGCCAGCGCUCGUAAUGUACGGAAGGGAGGAACUGCCUAUAAAGUUGCCAAAUGGACGGAUAAUUCAAGGAGUAAUGUGCCUUGUGGAAAAUGAAUAUGAGAAUACGCCAUAUCCAUUCGCUUUCUUCAUUUAUUUGUGGGUUGGGGUUUGCGGUACUGCUAUUGUUAUCAUCACUAUGUAUAUUAUGAUAGGCAGGGCCAUCCUCCAACGCAACAAGAAGAAACGGGCAAGAUCACAAAGCACACAAGCAACUAUGCAGAAAUACCGCAAUGCCUCAAACAGCACGGAGCAGGAAGUCUUUCUACCACAAACGCCUACACUAGGUCCGCUAAAACUGCAUUGCAAUACGCAAGAUGCUGCAAAAAAUGCAACGCCAUCAGAAGCCACUUCAGAAUCUCCGAUGACGUCACCGAUAUCACCGAGCGGAUCGAAAAACCAAAAAGGCUUCUCAUUCCCACGCGGCGUAGCCUUGAGUGUUGCAUCUAAAUGGAGCAAAUCGAAGUUUCGAGGUGGGCGUUCUACCCUUAUGCUGUUCGCCAUCACAGUGGUUUAUGUGCUGAGCUUCGUGCCCUUUUUGAUCAUCACCACCAUCAGAACUCAUGUGGGAAGUAGUUUCUAUCCAAAAUUAUCUACCCAGGAGCAAGUGGCGGUCAAUAUAUUUAUUCGUUCGUAUCUCAUUAAUAAUUGUGCUAAUCCUAUUGUUUAUGGCUUCUGUAAUUCUCAAUUUAGAGAUGAGUGUAAGAAAUUAUUUAAAUGGAUGUGUUGUCGUGACGAACGAUAUCUAAACAGAAGUACUUCAAACCGUGCAGGUGGCAGCAGUGUGCAAGAACAACGUGGUCAGUAACCAUUUGAAAUUAAAUUGAUGGAUUUUCAAAAGCGUGUUAAAAUUCGCAUUCGAAAAAUUUCUUCCACAAGAACUGUUUGGAAAAGAUAUUAACUGUUAAUUGAUAUUAUCUGUCAAAGAUUUUACCGUCAGAUAAAUCUCGGAUUUUAGAUAUUGCUACAAUAUUCUAUGUUAAGGUUUAUAGUUAAACGAUAGAUGGUAUAAUAUUAAAUGAUAAUAAUAAUAAUUUAAUUCAUUUGAUAGAAGGGCUAAAAAGCUAAUAAUCGAACUACACGUAACUUUUAUCGAUGGAGUCAUCACAGCGAUCUAUGCACUAAAACAUAAGUAACCAGAUAUGGAUGAUCUCUCUCCCUCUCUCUCUCUCUCUCUCUCUCUCUCUCUCCAGGUGCAUUAUCACCCCGAAACUGGAAAUGAUAAAGCAACGCCACCUCACCCGACACACAAAGAUGCUCAAUUAAGAAAAAAACAGACAGCUAGCUAGCUUAUGACUUGAUGUAUAUCUGGGGUCUGUUUCACGAAAUUUUAGCUAAGAUAAAAUCCAAAUUUUAGUACAUGUAAUUAGAUUGGAUAAUAUUAGGUUGAUUUUAGUGCUUAGCAAUUUAAAAUUGAAGUAAAAUUUGGAUUUUAUCUUUAGUUAAGAUUUCGAGAAACAGGGGCCUGAACGAAAAAGUUAAGGGUUGAUUUUUUUUAAAACUAGGUGUAUUUUUAUUUUGUCAUGUAUAUAAUAUAUAUAUAUAUAAAUAUUUACCAUUUUCUGUGUAUCAUUAUUCAAAUUUAGUGGGAGACAAGAGUCGUUAUAUAAAAGCGAUUUAAUCUAUAUUACUAUCAUUUUCAUCUUGUUAAAAUUAAUUUUUGUACAAAAGAGUAUAUGUUAAACAAA